CACUUGUACAGAUGUUAUAGUUGCAUGCGGUGGACAGAAAGGAUGCUACAAAAUGAAGCGUCGUAGAACUUUCAGCACCAGUGACAGUUCAGAUGGCAGUCCUUCUACUUCUUUUACUGGCUCAAGGUAUAGGAACAAGUCAAAAAUUCCAAAUGAGCACAAGAAAUCUGCUGAGGUGUUCCGGAAGGACCUCAUCAGUGCCAUGAAGCUGUCAGAUUCUCACCACAUUAAUCCUGACAGCUAUUACCUCUUUACGGAUACAUGGAAAGAAGAAUGGGAAAAGGGAGUCCAGGUACCAGCCAAUCCAGACACACUUCCGCAGCCUUCCCUCAGGAUUAUCGCCGAUAAGGUAAAGGAUGUUCUGUUUACCCGCCCCCGGAAGUAUAUUCAUUGCUCCAUGCCAGAGAACUCGGAGCUUGGCUAUGUCAACAUCAGGGAGCAGGCGGCAUCUGUGUGCCGAUAUGACCUAGACGACAUGGACAUGUUUUGGCUCCAGUCCCUCAAUGAAGACCUUAAAGAAAUGGGUUGUGAGCCAAUUGAUGAAAACCUAAUGGAAAAGACAAUAGAAGUCCUGGAACGCCGAUGCCAUGAAAAUAUGAAACAUGCUAUUGCGACAGAGGAAGGGCUAGGCAUCGAGUAUGAUGAAGAUGUGAUCUGUGAUGUGUGCCGGUCCCCAGAGAGUGAAGACGGGAAUGACAUGGUGUUCUGUGAUAAGUGUAACAUCUGUGUGCACCAGGCUUGUUAUGGCAUCCUCAAGGUCCCAGAAGGCAGCUGGCUGUGUCGCUCCUGUGUCGUGGGUGUUCCUGCGCAAUGUAUGUUAUGUCCAAAGAAAGGUGGAGCCAUGAAGACCACCAGGACGGGGACUAAAUGGGCUCAUGUCAGCUGUGCCCUAUGGAUUCCAGAGGUCAGCAUUGGUUGUCCUGAAAGGAUGGAACCAAUCACAAAGAUCUCCCACAUCCCACCCAGUCGCUGGGCCUUAGUCUGCUACUUAUGCAAAGUGAAGACAGGAGCAUGCAUUCAGUGCUCGGUGAAGACCUGCACCACCGCCUUCCAUGUCACCUGCGCCUUCGAGCACAACCUGGAGAUGAAGACCAUCCUCGACGAGGAUGAUGAAGUGAGAUUUAAGUCUUUCUGCCUCAAACACAGCCAAAGCCGGCAGAAACUCGGCGAGACCGAGUACCCCCUGUACUGGGCCGAAGAGCAGAGCUUGGCCAAAGGCGAUAAGACCAGCCCGCGGGCGCAGAAACUGCAGGAGCUGGAGGAGGAAUUCUAUAGCCUGGUCAACGUGAAAGAUGUGUCCACAGAGAUGGGGCUGCCCCUGCUAACUGUGGACUUAAUCUACAACUACUGGAAACUGAAACGGAAGAGUAACUUCAAUAAGCCAUUAUUCCCUCCGAGGGAGGAUGAAGAAAAGGGCUUAGUGCAGCCAAAAGCGGAAAGUAUUCACACUCGCAUGAGCAUGUUUAUGCAUCUACGGCAGGACCUGGAGCGGGUUCGAAAUCUGUGCUACAUGAUAACCAGACGAGAGAAGCUGAAGCUGUCCUACAACAAAGCACAGGAACAGAUCUUCGGUUUGCAAGUCCAGCUGCUUAACCAGGAAGCAGCAGAAGGACCUCCUUUGACAAGUGCACUAGAAAACUCAUUGUUUUACCCACCACCGAGAAUUACCUUAAAGUUAAAAAUGCCCAGAUCAGCCCCGGAAGACUGCCGAAACAGCUCCGCAGAGACUGAUCAUGGACCCCUCUCUCCUGGCAGCAACUCCCCUGUUCACAGUAUGGGGAGCGCACAAGUGCCUCAGGAAUCAUUAGAAAUGAGAGCGAAAUCCCACCCGAGGCAUCCAUUAGAGAGCAACAAUCACUGUUUCCUGACCAGUCUGGGCCUUUCUAGGAGUGAAUCAAAGGAUCCCAGUCCGGCUUGGACGACUCCAUCUCCGGAGUCCUAUCAAGGGCAGUCACUGGGGAAACCCCUGGUCCUCCAAGCUGCCCUGCAUGGACAGUCCUUAAUUGGAAAUGGGAAAAAACGUUCUCGCUCCAAGUUUGCCAAAUCCAAUGGCCUGGAGGGCAGCUGGUCUGGGGAUAGCACCCCAAAAGACAGCUCGAGUGAAAUGUCAUGUGGCCAGGAUUCCAUGCUCAGCUCCCACCUGGCCAGUCAGGGCAGCUUUAGAAAACCUACCGUGGAACACUCCAGCCGGUCCUUUAAGGAGUCCACCAACAGGUGGAUGAGGACCACAGGCGGCCUCCAGUGCUAUGGGAAGCCAACCAAGAAUGUUAACCCCAGGGAGCAGCUCUGGGGCAAGCAGCUUGCCAGGCGUUCUGCAGGGAAAGCUCCCUAUCAGGAAAACGAUGGGUAUUGCCCAGAUUUGGAGCUGAGUGAUUCAGAAGCAGAAAGUGAUGGGAAUAAAGAGAAAGUCAGGGUAAAGAGAGAGGGCUCAAGCAGGGAGAAGCCUCCCCGCGCCUCUAGACGGGAUUGCCGUGGUAAACGCAAGAAGACGCAUCCCCUCUCCCACAGUUCAAUGCAAAGGUGAUUUCCAACUUCCAAGAACAACUCAACCUUUGCCUUUGCCUCGUGUGUUGUAGAAACCCCACACACCAAAAGGAUUCUGGCACAUGUUGGGGAGGCAUUUUGGUGAAAAGAAUAAAAUGUUUCCACAGUU